GUUGUAAACAUGGCGUCUGGCAGUGGGUCGAGUAAAAAUGACUUCCGUCGGAAGUGGGACAGAGACGAGUAUGAGAACCUCGCUCAAAAGCGUAUCGCUGAGGAACGAGAAAAAGAGAGCAAAGAUGGGAAACCCGCACCCCCGAUCAAGCGAGAAAAUCUGCGUCAUCGGGACUACAAAGUGGACCUGGAGUCUAAACUCGGGAAAACCAUCGUUAUCACCAAGACCACGCCCCAGGCUGAAAUGGGCGGCUACUACUGUAACGUGUGUGACUGUGUGGUGAAAGAUUCCAUCAACUUCCUGGAUCACAUCAAUGGCAAAAAACAUCAGAGGAACCUCGGCAUGUCCAUGAGGGUGGAGCGGUCGUCUCUGGAUCAGGUGAAAAAGCGCUUUGAGGUGAACAAGAAAAAGAUGGAAGAGAAGCAGAAAGAGUACGACUUUGAGGAGCGCAUGAAGGAGCUGCGAGAAGAGGAGGACAAGGCAAAAGCUUACAAGAAGGAGAAACAGAAAGAGAGGAAGCGGCGGGCCGAGGACGACGGCGACUUCGAGGAUGACGACGAAAUGGCGGCCGUUAUGGGUUUCUCAGGAUUUGGAACAUCUAAAAAGAACCGCUGA